UAUAUGUAGUAUUACAUAUAUACUAAACCAAAGCCGAAAAUUUUUCAAAUCUUUUUCUACAUUCAGUGAAUUCAAGCAAAGAAUUUAUUUUAUUUGUUUCUUGAAUCACUUGAAUUUUGUAUCUACCUUGUCUAAGAACUGUAACUAUACGUAUUCUAUUAUUGUUUUGUAGAUAGUUAAGUGUUAACCUUAAAUAGACGAUUUUUUUUCAAUGAUACACAUUGUUCUAAAUAUUUAUCAAGUGUCAAAGAUAUUUCCAAAUUAGUUAGAAUGUUUCAACGAGUGAUAUGGAACAGAAUACUUACUUCUUUACCAAGAAGUUAUAGGUUAAGGCAUAUCAACAAAUUUUCAAGUGAUGUAACUAAAGAUGAAAACAAUACAUCCAAAUUAGUAAAUGCAGAAGUAUCUUCAACAGACGAUUUUGAAUCUACAUGUAAUACAGAACAUGUUUCAUAUCUUCUUGAAGAAUCCACAACAUUCAAAGAUGCUAAAGAUAAAAGUUGGGCAACAACUCCAUUUCCUAAAGAUGUGUCGACAAAGCAGAUGGGAGAUAGACCAUUUGUGAAUCCAGAAGAUACCUCUGUAAUAAUGUUUCCUGGACAAGGUACUAUUAAGGUUGGAAUGGUUAACAAUUAUAUGAAGUUUCCUGCUGCUAAAGAACUUUUUGAGAUUGCCAAUGAGAUACUUAAUUAUGAUUUGUUGGAUAUUUGUUUGAAUGGGCCACAAGAAAAAUUGGAUAGGACUGAAUUUAAUCAAGCAGCUACAGUAGUUUUAUCACUGGCUGCAUUAGAAAAACUUCGUGAAGAAAGACCUACAGCAUUUGACAAUUGCAUGGCUACGUUAGGUUAUAGUGUAGGGGAAAUAACUUCUUUAAUUCUCUCUGGUGUUAUAUCGUUCGAAGAUGGAAUUCGAUUAGUUUGUGUCAGAGGAAAAGCUAUGCAAUAUGCUUCAGAAAGAGUACCCCAGGGUAUGUUAUCUGUAAACUGCACACCAUCAGCAAAAAUUGCUAACAGUUGUCAAGAGGCAGAAAAAUGGGCAAUGGAAAUGGGUGUUGACAACCCAGUAUGCAGAGUUGCUAUUUAUUUGUGCACGCAAAGGAAGAUAUUAGCAGGAAACAUAGAAGCAUUACGGUAUAUUGAAAGUAAUAAAAGAGAAAUGGGGUUAACAGAUGUAACUAGGCUACCUGUAUCAGGAGCAUUCCAUACACCACUAAUGGAACCUUGUUUGAAGUCCGUUUUUAAAAUGUUAAGUUCGAUAGAAUUAGAUGAACCUAGAUGUCUAGUGUAUUCCAAUUACAAAACUACACCAUAUAAUAAUUUAAGACUAGUGAAAAAGUAUAUAUUAAAACAAAUCGUUUCACCAGUCAAAUGGGAACAAUGUCUUCAAAAGGUAUAUGAGAGAGAACCAGGCAGAACAUUUCCAAUGACAUACGAUGUAGGAUCAGGAGGAAGAAUGAAAACUAUUUUAAGAAUGGUUAAUGCAAAAGCAUGGCAGUCGUGUAUUGUAAUUUAAUUUUGUAUUAUCAGAUAAUAAAUAUAUGAUUUUUAUUACA